AUGUCGAAAAUAUUUAGGAUAGCUGUUGGACAAUUAUGUGCUGGAAGUAAUUUGAGUAAGAAUUUGCAAGUUGUCAAAGAUUUGAUUAAUCAAGCUAUUGAUAAAAAUGCUAGAGUGAUUUUUUUCCCUGAAGCUACAGAUUAUCUUGCAAAAGAUGCAUCACAUUCUAUAAAAUUAGCUCACCAGAGUGAUCAAUUUAUUAAAAAUUUGCAAAAUUUUAUAAAGGAGACAAACUUAUAUAAGGGGAGGUCGAUUGAUGUCUCUAUAGGUGUUCAUAUGCCAUCUAGUGAAAAUAUUGGUAAUAAUAUGGAGAAAGUUAAGAAUGUUUUAAUUUAUAUAAAUUCUAAAGGUGAAACUAUACAUCAUUAUCAAAAAAUACAUCUUUUUGAUGUUGAUAUUGCCAACGGACCCGUACUAAAAGAAUCUAAUUCAGUCCAACCUGGAAAUAUUAUUCCCGACAUUAUUGAAACACCUGUUGGUAAACUUGGUUCUUCAAUUUGUUAUGAUAUUAGAUUCCCUGAGUUAGCACAAAGAUUAAGGAUUAAAGGUGCUGAAAUUAUCUGCUAUCCAAGUGCAUUCACUAUGAAGACGGGUAAAUUACAUUGGGAAGCAUUAGGCAAAGCUAGAGCCUUAGAUACACAAUGUUUUAUAGUAAUGCCUGGCCAACAAGGGGUGCAUGAAAUUGAAGAUUUAGAACCUAAUAAGAAAAGAGAGUCAUGGGGACACUCAAUGGUUAUUAACCCUUGGGGUCAAAUAAUUGGCGAGAUUGAGAGUACUGAUAGUCAACCAAAAUUAUUAGUGGUCGAUUUGGACUAUAAAGAUUUAAAUGAAGCUCGUGAGUCUUUACCAAUAUUUAAACAUAAAAGGGUUGAUAUUUUCGGCGACUAA